AUGGCUGCAGUUCCGGGAAGCGCUGCGCGCGAGUUCUUCGAUGAGCAGGUCAAAUGGUUCGGCGAAUUCCUCUACAACGACAGGGAGGAAUGGGAGCGGAUCAUUGACACACGACUGGCCAAUAAUGACUUCCGCAUCCCGCUGGAUGUAACUCAGCUGGAGAAGGCGGAUCCAGGCAUGAAGGACAAGAUCAUGGAGGAUCCGGAAAAGUACAUCCCACCCUUCGAGGACGCUCUCUUGGGUUACCUUCAGCAGCAGAACCCCAAGGUGGUCAAGGAGCUUGCCCAGCCACUCCGCCUGGAUGUGCGGGGCCAUUUUGGCCGCUACCAU